UUUAUACGGUCAACACUGCAACAAUCCGGCACUAUAAAGAGGCAGGCAAAAUCCUCUUCUUUGCACGUCUCUACAAAGCGAAUCAUUAAUCCAGGGCGAGAGCAAAGGGAGUUUGACUGUAUUUUUUUUCGCAGUUUUGAUUUUGGUUGGGAAAGAUGUCGCUUCUUACAGAUCUCAUCAACCUUAACCUCUCAGAAACCACGAAGAAGAUCAUCGCCGAGUACAUAUGGAUCGGCGGAUCUGGUAUGGAUUUGAGGAGCAAAGCAAGAACUAUUGAUGGACCUGUUAGUGAUCCUUGUAAGCUACCGAAGUGGAACUAUGACGGUUCGAGCACUGGUCAAGCUCCUGGUCAAGAUAGUGAAGUGAUCCUCUACCCUCAAGCAAUUUUCAAGGAUCCAUUCAGAAGAGGCAACAAUAUUCUUGUUAUGUGUGAUGCUUAUACUCCUGCUGGAGAGCCAAUUCCUACCAACAAGAGACAUGCAGCAGCCAAGAUCUUCAGUCAUCCUGAUGUAGUUGCAGAAGAGCCUUGGUAUGGUAUUGAACAAGAAUACACCCUGCUUCAGAAAGAUGUUAAAUGGCCCCUUGGCUGGCCUGUCGGUGGUUUCCCUGGACCUCAGGGACCGUACUACUGCGGUGUUGGUGCCGACAAAGCUUGGGGAAGGCAAAUUGUUGAUGCCCAUUACAAGGCUUGUUUAUAUGCAGGAAUCGACAUUAGUGGUAUCAAUGGAGAAGUCAUGCCUGGCCAAUGGGAAUUUCAAGUAGGCCCUGCUGUUGGUAUCGCUGCUGGUGAUCAAUUGUGGGUUGCUCGCUAUAUUUUGGAGAGGAUUACAGAAAUUGCUGGAGUUGUCCUUUCCUUCGAUCCCAAGCCAAUUGAGGGGGACUGGAAUGGUGCUGGGGCCCAUACAAAUUACAGCACCAAGUCGAUGAGGAAGGAAGGAGGAUACGAGGUUAUCAAAAAGGCAAUUGAAAAGCUUGGGCAUAGGCACAAAGAGCACAUUGCUGCAUAUGGUGAAGGAAAUGAGCGCCGACUCACUGGUCGACAUGAAACCGCUAACAUCAAUACAUUCAAAUGGGGCGUGGCAGACCGUGGUGCAUCCGUUCGUGUUGGGCGAGACACAGAGAAAGAAGGAAAAGGUUACUUCGAGGACAGGAGGCCUGCUUCUAACAUGGACCCAUAUGUGGUCACUUCUAUGGUUGCUGAAACCACCAUUCUGUUGAAGUAAAUGAUUGCUUAACCAAGGCUGAGAUACUGGUUUGCUGUCUGCAUUGGGGGUCAUGAGUGAUGAGUCAAAAGAAUUAUGUUUUACUAGGAUCCAUUCUAUCUGUUUCAUUAGUAGUAUAGCUAGUUGUGUUUCAGUGUCUGCCCUUGUAUUUGGGUUUGGCAAGGUGGGUUCAUUGCUUUCAUCUCUCCUUGGUUUCAGAAUAAUGUAACUUUCAUAUUUGAUAACUAUAUGAAAGGGCUGAUUUCUAUUGUUCUAAAGCUGAACUAUGUCUUGCAAGUGAUAUGCUUCGAUGGAAGUUUGAUUUA